AUGAAUACUGAAUCCACUCCCAACUUAUCACAAUCAUUCAAAGAUAGAAGUCAUCAACAUCGAGAUAGCACUGGCAGUACCACCACCAAUGCACACUCACCUACACUUGAAAACUCAAUUUCAUUAAACAGUGUUUUAUUAAGAGGUGGUGUUGUGGAUGACAUAGAUGAUGUACCUGAUAACCAUAAAGAAUCAAUGCAUUUGGCAGCAAGCAAACUUGUGGAAAAUCUCACUUUUAAUGACCAGAAUCAGCAAGAUCAAGUUUUGCAAUUUGACGAUAAUUGGCAACCAAAACCGAGUGGAUUGAAUCAUAGCACACCAGUAUUGAAAACCAACCAUUUUGACAAUAAGGAGAAUUGGCAACAUCAAGUAGACCCAUUGAAGGAGCGUGAUGAUCAGCAACGCAAAACGGAGAAGCAGCUUCCGUAUCCUGUUUGCGUUGAUGAACAACCAAUAGCACAAUCUCAGUCAACAGAAUCUGGAGUUCAUGUUCCUCAUCGUAGUAAAAAUUCUUCUACAAGCAACGUCAAUUCAAAUGAGUCUCAAUUGAAGAAUCCUAUCAUGAUGUCACAAUUUCCAUUUCCUUCAAGUCCUGAUCGUAGUAGCCCAUUUUAUCAUAGUACUGCAGUGAACUCGCCACAUGAAUUUGAUUUGCGUCAACAACAGCAACAGCAACAGCAACAGCAACAGCAACGGCAACAGCAACAACAACAACGACAACGGCAAAGACUGCCUCUUCGAAACGAAAUCAAUGGCUAUACUAUAGAUCAGCAAGGGUAUAGUGAUGGUGUUAGCGACUCCAAAGAUAAUGAUGGUCGAUUUAUGACUGUGAGUCGCCGACAAUGGGAGAUGGUGCUAAGUAAGUUAUCGAGAUUAGAGAAAGAGAACGAGCUGUUGCUUAUCAAGAUGCUGAAGUUAGAAAGUGAUAAGAAACACUUGGAUAAAGAAAUUGAACAGUUAGUUGAUCCAUUGCAAGUAUGUGGAAAUGGUCUCGAGAUCGAUAAUCAACUGCGACGAAGUAGCUUGAGGCAACUUUCAGAAAACCCGAAUGAUGAUGUCAAAUUACAAACUUCUGAUACGGUUAUCCCAAAGAAUGUGCGUGAUAGUCCCCUGCUUUGUCAACACAAAUAUCACAAUGAUUCUCGUGCAGAUCAAUCUCUUAUUGAUGCGGACAUGAGGGAAACAGAGGAUGAAAAGCAAAAUCAGGAACAACCAUCAGGAUCGUCAUCACAUGAUAAUAAAGUUGAUGUUGCUUUACCCAACAAGGAUGAAAUUGCAGCUGACUUUAACCAACUGCCAUCUUCGCUAAAUCGCUCCCUAUCCAACCAGCGCCAUCCCCCAGCAACUACAAACGAAACGUCAGCAACAAACUCCACGCAAGCUAGUAAUUGUGCUAAUUCGAGUACAAACACCACUUUAACCUCGCAAACCAAUUUCUUUCCCAAAUUUGAUAUAACUAAAUUUACAUUCCCCUUAAAUGGUCCCAAACCACGUCAAUACGAUUUAGAGAGGGUCGAUCAAUUAUCACAUGAUGAUUUAGUAUAUUGUGUCAAGAACACCAUUGCUAUGUUUACUAUCCCAUUGGAUGAAAAUUUUGCGGUUAGUCUAUUACGACAAAGUUAUUUUAUUGGUAUUGUGGCUAGAUUUGUCAAGAUUGUUCACAAAAUGAUUUUCCCAAAGAGAGCUGAUUUGAGCUGUUCAAAAUGGUUUGAAGGAAAGAUGUUAAAAUCCAAUGGUAAGAUUGAUGACAAAAUGAUUGGGUUGCAAUAUAUAUUGAAGGAGAUGUUGGAAUCUCUUUAUCCGUUGCUUCGUGAAAAUGCACAUCAGUGCAGGGACAAAGCAAACCGGGCAUCUGCGGAAAAGAAUUUGAAUAUGUGUUGA